CGAUUGUCUCUCUUACUCACUAUCUCAAAUAUUUAUUUACCACUAGCUCUCUUCAGUCACGCACUCACACCAAUUGCCAGUUGUGAAGGAAAUAUCUGAAGGGACUGACGCACAUUUUCCGUAGCAUAACAUUUGUUAUCAAAAGCCAUGGAUCUGUACUACUUCCCCAUUUCCUCGCCCUGUCGAUCGGUGCUAAUGACUGCCAAAGCUUUGGGCAUUGAGUUGAACAAGAAACCUCUUCGGGUUUUCAAAGGUGAACAGUUGGCUCCCGAAUUUCUAAAAAUCAAUCCUCAACACACCAUACCCACCCUGGUCGACAAUGAUUUUGUGCUCUGGGAGUCGCGUGCCAUUAUGAUUUAUUUAGUUGAAAAAUAUGGCAAACAGGAUGAUCCCCUAUAUCCCAGCUGUCCCAAGAAGAGGGCUCUGAUCAAUCAACGCCUAUACUUCGAUAUGGGAACUCUGUACAAAAGUUAUUCGGAUUAUUUUUAUCCUCAGGUUAAACAAAAUAAACCAGCCGAUCCAGAGUUGUUGAAGAAAAUCUAUGCCGCUUUGGAGAUGUUCAAUACAUUGUUGGCAACAUCGAAAUAUGCUGCUGGUGACACGUUGACUUUGGCUGAUUUGGCCCUAUUGGCUUCUGUCAGUACAAUGGAUGUCUAUGAUAUUGAUGUGCGUAAAUAUGAGAAUGUUGCCAGAUGGUAUGAUUUAGUUAAGGAAACUGCGCCUGGUGCCGAUGAAAAUUGGGCUGGAUGUUUGGAGAGGAAGGAGUUUUUCAAAACAUUGAAACAACAACAAUGAUGUACCAAAAAUAAUUAACCACCAAUAAAAGUAUUAACUUAUACUGAAA